AUGUUUCAAUUGCAGUGUUGGACAAAAAUAUUUAUUGAACCAUUUCCUGACGAAGAUGAGGACGAGGAAGCCGCUGCCGUAUAUGAUGCUGUACUUUCAGUAUCUCAAGUAGACCUGAGACCUUCAAUGUACGGUGCAUUUAUGGGCCAACUGCCAACUGUAACGUCUACGGAGGACGCAACUGAAGAGACAGGUGCAGGAGCCGUGUCACCGCUAACGUUUGCAGAUCUGGCAACAGUCUCACCUGAAGCAAUUGCGGAGCUUUGUGAUGUAGCGUGUGCGGAGUACGCGCCUGGGCAGACAGAUGCAGGAACCGGGUCACCGAUAACGCGUACAGUCUCACCUGAAGUCAUUGCCGAGGAAUGUUCAACUGCAGACGGAGUGGAAGGUGACAAGGACGAGGACUAUUCAGUUGGGGUGAAUCUGUCGAAAAUAGUCCCAGCGCCACGGUCGUUGCGGAAGAAACCGAAAAUUUCGUAUGCGGCGUUAGCUGGUUUAGGCAAGGUAGGACGGCCAAAAGAAUCAGUGCAUCAGAAAAAAAAAAGAUCGAAAGCGCAUGCGGAAUCAGCUGAACCGAAGGUGAAACUCCCCAAGCGGAGGUCCUCAACAAAGGUAUCGAAAAGGAAAACGAAUGUUUCAAAUGUCGAGAAAACUAAUCUGCUGGACCAGAAUCUCUUAAUACAUGAGGCUCAGCCGAAUAUUAGCCCUGGCAGUAUUUCAAGACGGCGCUCCAAUAUUUCAUAUGAAGAGGAAUGCUCGGAUUAUUCUGAAGAAGAGGCGAAACGAAAAAGCGUGCCAGCAAAAAUUGUAAAGAGAAGUAAAUCGACUGUUUCGCGCGUGGAGAAAGAUCCCACCUUCAAAAUAAAAGCACAGAGACGACAUUCAACCGCCAAUGUGCCUAAUCCGCCAUUAGCGGCCGCGCGAAAUUUAAGACUCCGAUCUAACAUCUCAUACUAUGAGAGCAGUAUAUCGUCCGACGAAUCUGGUUCGACUGUGGAGUUUCCUUGCACCGAAAUGUCAGAAGGGGUGGACGGUGAAUCUACCGACUCGUGA